GGAUUAGGUCUAUUAACAAGUAUCGCGAUGCGGAUAUUCGCGAUACCACUGGUGUUCAUGUUACUACACCAUACAUCGGGAGAGAUUGCGAGGCCUGUGGAUUACUUGGGAGGAUUUAAUUCACUUAAAUUCAACGACGUAAGCAAUCCUUGGAAAUUUCGUCGAGUAAGAACACCUCGAAAUCCCAUCCGAAGAAGAGAUUUUCAUGACUUCGUGACUGAUUAUGACUACGAACUGAUGAUGCGGAUGUUACCUGUAUACAAAAGGAAAAGAAGCUAUGAUGCAUCACUAUGGCUCAAAUGGACAACCUUUUUUAUUUCCUCGAAGCUUUGUACACUUUCCAAGGCAUUUGGAUGGCGAAAGUUGCAAACGAGAUUGUUUGGGUGCAACUAACUAUUUAUGAAAUGUUACCCUUAUUUCACUCUUUUGUCUGGGUACGUGCUGACUUUACGAAAAG